CGUCUUUGUGCUUGAGUAAACAAAUUUUGAGUAUAGAUCAGUAUUCGGCAUAACCUCAUCUCUGUUUACAUUGUUUACCAACUCACGUACAUCGUUCACGUAUUUUUUGAGUUAACUUGCAAUUGUUAAUUAUUAAGAAAUAAUUUAAACAGUCAAUGAAAUAAAUUACACUGAUUACUUAUUCUAACAAUUCAAUUUAAUCCUGAUAUCUUUACAAAAUGUCUCAUUCAAGAAACAGUCAUGGUAAUAACAGACGUAACCGUAAUUACCACCAAGGCAACAAAAAUAAAAUAAAUUUCGGCGACAAAGGUAAAGAAAUUCUGCACGAAAUUGACGAAAACAAUCCAGUAAUCAAACAAUUUCGUGAGUACGCUUCCGAACUCGAUGACAAACAUGACCGUUAUGAACGUAUUGUUAAAUUCAGCCGUGAUAUUACCAUUGAAAGUAAACGCAUAAUAUUUUUACUGCACACCAUCGACAAAGAAAGCAAAACAGAUACGAUCCUGAGCGAAGCUAAAGUGCGCUUAGAAAAUUUGGCCAAAACUUUGUUUAAAAAUAUCGCUAAUGAGCUUAAAAAUCAGGACCCAUACCAGUAUCUGCGCGCCUACACUGCCGGUCUUCAGGAGUACAUCGAAGCAAUAACAUUCUACAAUUAUUUGAAAGACGAUUGUCUGCUAGACUGGACAGAGUUGGAUAAAAAUUUCUGCUACGUCGACCAAGUACCCGAAGAUGACCAAAAUCCCGCUACUGCUUCUCCAGUUGUCUCUCCCUCCGAGUAUCGCACCCUGAUGACACCCAACGAAUACAUACUGGGAGUCGCUGAUCUCACUGGCGAACUCAUGCGUAAAUGCAUAAAUACUCUGGCCUUUGGUGACAUCACAAGCUGCUACAAGACUUGCAAUUUAGUCAAGGAAAUUUAUAAAGGAUUUCUUGGCUGCGCUGGAAUUUCAAGCAAAGAAAUACGACGAAAACUUUAUGUACUGAAACAAAGUCUAGUUAAGAUGGAAAAUGUUUGUUACACUAUUAAAGUACGCGGUUCUGAGAUGCCGAAGCACAUGCUUGCGGAUGUUGCUAUUGCGACUGUUGAAAGUUAUCCGCCUGAUGAUGAUGAAGGCUACCAGCCUUAUUAAUUAUUUACUCUAAUAUUUAAAAAAUUAUUUAGUCUAGUACAUUUACAUUUAUACCUAUAACGAGUCUGUUCAUAUUACAAUUUUACCAGCAUAUUUAUACCGAUAAAUAUCUUUCUCAUUACAAAUUUACUGAUGAACACGAGUACUUUAUCACAUCACUACGGAGAGAUAAAAAAAUAGUAGGUGGAGAUUUAGUUAUGAAAAAUAGAUCCAGGAUCGUAUUUUUGUAACUUACUGCGCUUGCACAGUAAAAAUUAAUUUCUUGGUGCAAAAAAAAAUUUGCACUAUGAAUUGGAAACAAAAAUUUUUUUGGGAUGAAAAAAUUUCUUGGCGCAAGAAAUUUGUUUUCGCCUUGAAAAAUUUUUUUUUGUCUUGAGAAAAUUUUUGGUUUCAAUUCAUAAUGCAGAAAUUUUCUCAGGACUAAAAAAAAUUUUCUUGGCUCAAGAAAAUUUUUCUUACACUAAAAAAUUAUUUCUUACCUCAAGAAAAUUUAUUCUCGAUUUAGAAAAUUUCUGGCAAUAAGUAAAAAUUUUCUUAGGACUAAAAAAUUCUCGAG